AUGGAUCAAACUAGUAGUCUUCAAGAUGGUUAUUCUCCAAAUUCAUAUCAGUUCCCAACAGGAAAAUCCCUUGUGGAGACUACGACAUUACAGCCCUCUCCUCAUUUAACUUCCGCAACCGAGUUGUCAAAUCCUGAUUAUCUACGAUUGGUGCUUACUGCAAGAGUUUACGAGAUUGUUAAGGAGACACCCUUACAGAUAGCUACAAAUCUUUCUGCAAAACUUGAUAAUAAAAUUUUAUUAAAAAGAGAAGAUUUGCAUGAAGUUUUUUCUUUCAAGAUCAGAGGUGCAUAUAAUAAGAUUGCACAUUUGACUGAAGAGGAAAGAAAAAGAGGAGUCAUUGCUUGCUCUGCUGGAAAUCAUGCGCAAGGAGUUGCAAUGUCAGCAAAGCAUCUCGGUCUUCCCGCGACUAUCAAUGUCAGUGCCACUCCAGAAAUAAAAUGGCGAAAUGUGAAACGUUUAGGCGCUGAAGUUGUCCUAUUUGGAAAUGAUUUUGAUGAAGCUAAAGAAGAAUGUGUUCGUUUAACCAAUCUUCGUCAUCUCACCAACAUUCCUCCAUACGACGAUCCAUAUGUUAUAGCUGGUCAAGGAACUAUAGCUAUGGAGAUUCUUCGUCAACAUAAUUUAAAUGAAAUUGAUGCCAUAUUUGCGUGUGUUGGUGGUGGUGGCCUGAUCUCGGGUAUCGGUAGUUAUGUGAAAAGGAUAUGUCCCAAGAUUAAAAUCAUUGGUGUCGAAACUUAUGAUGCUAAUGCGAUGACUCUGUCGUUGAAGGAAAAAAGACGAGUUACACUUGAUGAAGUUGGAUUGUUUGCUGAUGGUGCUGCUGUUAGAGUUGUUGGCGAGGAGACUUUUAGAGUGUGUAGUGAA